GAGAUCCAUGCUCUAUGGAGCUUCAGGGAAUUGUCAAAGCUUUCCCUAAACGGAAGAAGAUCAAAGAUGAUUCACAGAAGGUGGGCCCUGCAAAAGUCUUGAAAGGAGAAGAAACCAGCAAUGUUCAUCCAGGGUGGUUGGAGCCCAUCGUGGCAUAUGUACUGCAAGCAGGAAUGGGCCAGGCCAGGGCUGAGAUCUUCCGCAAGCAGAUCAUUCAUAAUGGGGGUAGUGUUUGCAGUCAGCUUUCGUCAGACGUAACACAUAUUAUAUUAGAUGAAGGAAUGGAUUGCGACAGGGCUUUCCGGCUCCUCAAACUAGCCAAGUUGCCCCCAGGACUGCAACUGGUGAAGGCUUCCUGGCUGAGUUCAUGUGUUGCAGAGCAGAAGAUGUUGAGCACGAGUGGCUACAAUCUCUUCAUCCCAGACAGGUACCUGGAUGUGGCAGACCUUUCAAAGAGGCAACCACACUGCCUGGAUGAGGAGAAGAUCCAGCCCCAGAUGGAUAGUGCAAUCCUGGAGCUGAAGGCUGAAUCACAGACAGGGCUCAGCUCUCCUUGCAGUGCCGCAAAUUCCACAGGACAGAAGGGAGCCAAAGGGGCAGGCCUUUGCACACUGAGGGUCUCCGAUGAUGAGGGAAGUGAGGGGGAAGACCCUGACAUCACUCAAGGAGAGCUGGAGGCAUUGAGGUCAGGCCGAGACCUGAACCUUUCUUCUGGAGACUCUUCAGUGGCAUUUCCGACUGGCAAGUGGGUUUGUGCUCAGUCUUCUGAACGCAAGAAGAUUAAUCAGAAUCAGAGUAUUACGGAGAAGCUGGAGGUGCUGGCAAAGGCCUACUCCAUCCAGGGGGACAAGUGGCGGGCUCUGGGUUACUCCAAAGCCAUUAAUGCACUCAAGAGCUACCCCAAGCCAAUCACUUCCUACCAGGAAGCCUGUAAGAUCCCUGGAAUUGGGAAGCAGAUGGCAGAGAAGAUUGUGGAGAUCCUGGAGAGUGGGCACCUACGCAAGCUGGACCACAUAAAUGAGAGUGUGUCAGUACUGGAAAUAUUUUCCAACAUCUGGGGAGCUGGAGUCAAGACGGCUCAACUGUGGUACCAGCAGGGUUUUCGCAGUCUGGAUGACAUCCGCACGAAGGCCUCUCUCACCAACCAGCAAGCCAUUGGCUUGAAGCACUACAAUGACUUCUUGGGGCGCAUGCCACGGGAAGAAGCAGCAGAAAUUGAGCAGACUGUCAGAGAAGCUGCCCAGUCUAUCAAACCUGGACUGGUGUGCAUGGCCUGUGGCUCAUUCCGACGGGGCAAGUCCACCUGCGGUGAUGUGGAUGUGCUGGUAACCCACCCGGACGGCCACUCUCACCAAGGAGUAUUCAGCAAGCUGCUUGACAGCCUCCGUAGAACUGGGUUUCUGACAGAUGACCUAGUGAGUCAAGAGGACAACGGCAACCAGAAGAAGUACCUGGGGGUGUGCCGUCUGCCAGGACCCAACCGUCACCACCGGCGGCUCGACAUCAUCGUUGUGCCCUACAGUGAGUUUGCUUGUGCCCUGCUGUACUUCACCGGGUCAGCCCACUUCAACCGCUCUAUGCGGGCCCUGGCCAAGACCAAGGGCAUGAGUCUGUCUGAGCACGCCCUCAGCUGUGGUGUGGUGCGAGGACCCGGUGGCCUCAAGACAGUGCCUGGCGUUACUUUACCUGCUCUCACUGAGAAGGAUGUCUUCGUGCAUUUGGGGCUGCCCUACCGGGAACCACACGAGAGGGACUGGUGA